AUGGAUAGGAAAUUGAAUCUUAACCGAGCCGAGACUUUUUCCUUCAUCAACCCUUGGAUAAGGUACUUCCUGUUCUUUUUCAGCUUCUUGUUCUGGGUCUUCUCCUUGCUGAUUGUUGCUAUAGGGGUAUAUGCAAAGGUUCAAAAAGCAACAGACACGGUCAGAGACACGUUCCUGAUCAACCCAGCGGUCAUCCUGAUCGUGGUGGGCGUGGUCAUGUUCUUCAUCACCUUCUGCGGCUGCAUCGGAGCCCUGCGAGAAAACAUUCACCUUCUGAAGACGUUCUCCUUCAGUCUGACUCUGGUCUUCCUCACUCAGCUGGCCAUAGCUGUCCUGGGCUUCUUCUAUUCAGACCAGACACGAGACGCUCUGGGGAAGUUUGUGAAUAAAGCCAUCGUGCACUACAGGGAUGACCUGGAUCUGCAGAACCUCAUGGACUACAUUCAGAGAGAGUUCAAGUGCUGCGGCUGGAACAACUACACUGACUGGUCAUGGAACCUGUACUUCAACUGCACCCAGGGGAACCCCAGCUCUGAGCGCUGUGCGGUCCCUUACUCCUGCUGCACCCCCGUACCAGGAGAGGUUGUGAUCAACACCAAGUGUGGCUUUGGAGUCCAGACUCAGAACUACCUAGAGGCCACCAAGUCCAUCUAUCCAGUGGGUUGUGCAGACCGGGCGGUUCGGUGGAUUGAGUCCCACCUGCUAUUGGUGGGGGCUCUAGCUCUGGGUCUCUCCCUGCCUCAGAUUGCAGGCAUUGUGCUCUCCCAGAUCCUCAUCUCUCAGAUCCAGGAUGAGAUCUGCUCAGUGUUGUGAGAAGAGGAUGGCCCGACCGACCCAGAAAAUAACAGAAC